GGUAUACACGGCAUAUUAAAGAUCUCAUGAUGAAUAUGCACGAUCGCAUAAAAAUAGUUUUAAAAAUAUUGAAAUUUUCAACAUUUUUCGGAUGCAGUGGAUUCCUAGUCGCCUAUCCUUUCCGGCAAACAUAUAAAUCCAUUGGAAAAAUAGUGAAUUCUAAUGUUCUCGUGACGGAGAAGAAACACACCCCCGAGUACAUCUACAUAGAUGACCCCAGCUACGAUUUGACCGUGAGGUUGGAAGAAGACAAAGCUAAUAGGCAGUCAGUGGGGUGGAAUCGUAUUUGGAAAAGUUUGAAACAUUCUCUGGCGUGGCGAUUACUAUGGCUGUGCAAACACGGGAAUCAGGAGCAGCGAAACAUCGCGCUGGUACAGUUGGCUUCGUUCAACAACAACAAGGAAUGGGACUGUCUGAAACUUGCGCAGGCGAUCGACAAGAACACCGCGGUGCUGCUGGCGCGCACGCGCGGCGCCGACCUGCGCUACUUCUUGCCUCCGCCGAUACACGUGAGGAAGGCCGCGAAAGCGCCGGAACUACUCUCCUAUAAGUUCCAUGAACUUAUUUUAGCUGUCCAGAAUCGUCAGCAUCAUAGUUGUAUACAGCACUUCUUAUCUAAGUAUUUUGCUAAUGUUCAAGAACAAGCAAUGGAGGCUGACAGUAUUCCUGCUAAGCCAGACACUUUAAGUGAACGUGAUCUGUGCUUGAUGUGCUUGGAUGCUUUGCAUCACCAUCUAAGCUUAUUUAAUAAUAAGAAUUAUGAAGAAGAUCACUCGGCCAAAUUGUUGGCAAAUAUGGGCAUAAUGUCCUGUCUCGCUGAAUUGUUGUUAAGGCAUCCCAAUGAUGUCGAUGUAGAUCUUGCAGUGCUAAAAGUUCUUACUGUUUUAAGUGUUCAUACUAGUCUACUCACUGCAUUCUUUGAAAAUGGUCUGAUUAGAGAACUAGCAAGAUUAUUACAUUCAGGAGACAUCAGAUUAUCAAGCUCUGCAGCUGUGUGCUUGGCAAACCUGUCUGGGGAAUAUUGUUACCGGCCAGGGUUAUAUUUACUACAUCCCCUGUAUAGAAAUACUGCAACUCCGAUAUGUGAUACACUACUGGUUCAUGGCUUGAGAGGUGGUGUUUUUGUGACCUGGAGGCAAAGAGAUCAGUCCUGUAAGCCACUCGGUAUUUUAGAAGGGACUUUGGCUGACCUUGAGUGUGGUGAUGCUGUGCCAAAAUAUAUAGAUCAAGAGUUACAACAGGUAAUGGAAGAAAUAAUAGAAUUAGAAGAUGAAGCUUUGCUUGCCAAUAUAGAAGUAGUCCUAGAGGAUCUGCCUAUUGAUUCCAAAAGAGAUCAUGCAAGUGCUUCCUUCUACACUGUAAAAAAUAAGCGCAUAGGCCUGAUUCAAGAGCGGCAGGACCGCUGCGUGUACACCUCUUGUUGGCCUAAGGAUUGGCUUCCACAAGAUUGUAAUAAUCUUAGGAUCAUUGGUGUAAAUUAUCUUAGCUCUCUAUCAGACUGGCUGGAACGAUGUCCUUUACAGGCUUCUGAUAUAUCAGCUCGGGCUUCUGAAUUACAGCCUAAUUUAAUUGAUGCCGGAGUGGGCAGCCGAAAUACCCCAAUAGUGUGGCUAGCACACUCAAUGGGUGGGCUCAUAGUAAAACAAGUGCUGAAUGUUGCUGCUCAAAGCCAGGAUCCCAAAGCUAACAAACUUUGUGAAUGUACCAAAGCAGUACUUUUCUAUAGCACACCCCAUAAGGGGAGUGCAUUCGCAACCAUGCCCAGAGCUGCGGCAGCAGUGUUGUGGCCAUCUACGGAUGUGCGCCAACUGCAAGAAAACUCGCCAGUAUUAUUAGAACUACAUCAAUUAUUCCUCAAAUAUGCUGACAGAUAUAAUUGGGAAACUAUCAGUUUUGCAGAAAGUUUACCUACUUUGGUAACAGCAUUCAAGGUUCCUGUAAAUUUUGUUGAGGCUGUGUCAGCUGACUUAGGAAGAGGACCUUUCUACCAACUGCCUGUGGAUCACUUGUGUAUAUGUAAGCCUGCAACUAGGCAAAGUAUUUUGUAUACGACAUUGUUGGAUGUCCUGCUUAGGGUGACAAACAAAGACGUAUCACUAAAGUAUACCAAUAUAGAAUGGUUUAUUAACAUGUUAUUGGAAACCUUGCAAAGAAAAAAGGGGGAAAUAAUGGAAGCUUUCAAUGGCUCCCAAAGUAAUGAAGGCCUACGCUGGUCUGAACAGUUAUUAUUAGAUAUGUUUACUGAUGGAUUUACUGAUUAGAAUAAAUGUUAUGAAAA